AUGCCUUCGGAAAUAUUCUUGAUCAUCUUUCGCUAUAUCGAAGUACAUGAUCUCAUCACCGCAUUUGCGAAUCUCAAUUCUUAUUUUGACUCACUUCUUGCGUCAUCACAUUUGCGUGUACAUGCAAUUAUCUGCCCAAAUGACAUCUCUUUACCACCGAAAACCAGCAACUCACUUUGGCACAUCAUCAAACCUCAGAAUCUUUGUUCGAUGAAGAUGAAAGAUAAGAAACAGACACUUUUAGUCGAAUUUGUUCUAUGCCAUGCCAAUGAUCUCAUUCACCUGACAAGUCUCACUUUGGUUAUGGAAGGAUGUCAUAUCGAAGGCAUCAUACGCAUUCUCCCACUUUUAGUCGAUCUGAAGCACUUGUUUAUCAAAAAAAGAUCACGGAACACCGAAACAAAUAGCAAAAAUUCGUUUCUCACAACCAUUCUUAAGAUGAAGAGUCUUUGCACUUGUACUAUGAAUGAAUGGUUUACCGAACAUGCCGAGAGAAAUUUCACAUCCAGCAAUACCAUACGGAAACUUUCCUUGAAAUCGACUGUUUCAGCAUCAUUGAUUCUACUUAUUCUACCCUAUAUGCCCAGCUUACGUGUAUUUCGAAUCGACACAUUGAAUUCGCAUGAUUUCCUGCCAUUUCCUCAAGAAAAAUUCAUUCAUGAUCGAUUAGCUGUACUCGAAAUUCGUAGCUUCGGUAGCGAAUAUUGGGAGUUUGAACGUCUGAUCCAUGCUGCUCCCAAUCUUCGUCAUCUGCGCAUAUCCUACUGGCCAUUAUAUGGCAACGACAAUCACGACAUUUUCCUAAACCCUAAUCUAUUCAAGAGAUUGGUUGAGUAUAUAUCGGAUGUUACAGUCGACGUUGACUUUUCUACUCAUGGUGAUGACUACACGAAAAUACAGAAUCGGAUAAAAGGUUGCUCGUGGCUUACACUGGAAUCAGUUUUCGAUAAUUAUUUAGAUGCUGAAACAGUACUUCAAGUAGUUUUUGAAAAAAAAAACAAAAUUAAACACGAAUUUUAA